AUGGUUCCAGUGUCGCGCCCCUAUUUACCAUCAACGGUCGAGGUUCUCCUCCGCAGAGGAAAACGUCAAGUCAACGCGGCAGGAGAACAAUGCCAAUGCGGACCUCCACCUCCAAACUGUGAACGCGGUCCUCCUGGACCACCGGGAGAGCCUGGAGAGCCAGGACCCGAUGGUGAACCUGGCCCAGAUGGACUACCUGGUAUUCCUGGGAUGGCCCGCAUGGCAGAAAUGUUCCCGAUAUUGAAGGAAUGCGUAAAAUGUCCACACGGACCGCCAGGACCAGCUGGACCAGACGGACCUCAGGGACCCGCGGGACCUGUGGGACCUCCAGGCAGAGACGGAUUCUCUGGUGGAGUUGGUAUCGCUGGGCCACCAGGACCACCUGGAGAUGCUGGAGAGGACGGAUCGCCAGGGGCGCCCGGCGCAGAUGGUCAACCGGGUGUUCCUGGCACCAUGCAUAUGCCGGGACUACCAGGACCUCCUGGACCACCUGGACCACCAGGACCGCCUGGUGUAGCAGGUCCUCCUGGAACAAAUUCAGGACCUGGAUCCAUUGGACCUCCAGGAGCCCCCGGACUUCCUGGAAAUCGUGGUGCCAACGGUCCCCCUGGAGUUGCAGGUGGUCGAGGGUCGUAUGGUCCUCCUGGAGCAGAUGCUGCUUACUGUCCUUGUCCUCCUCGUACAGGUUCCGGUGCCGGUGGCGGCAAUGGAGAAGCUCCUACAGGUGCCGGUGGCGGCAAUGCAGGAUAUGCUACAGCUCCCAGUGGCGGCAAUGGAGAAGCUCCUACAGGUGCCGGUGGCGGUAAUGCAGGAGCUCAUACAGGUGCUGGUGGCGGUAAUGCAGGAGCUCAUACAGGUGCUGGUGGCGGCAAUGCAGAGCUGCCUACAGGUGCAGUGGCGGCAAGUGCAGGGACUCUACAGGGCUGCCGUGGCGGUAAUGCUCGGGAGUCAUUUACAGGAUGCUGGUGGCGGCACAUGCAGAAGCUGCCCUACACGCGUGCCGGUGGCGGUAACUGCAGGAGGCUAACAUACAGGUUGCUGAGUGGCGCGGUAAUGCAGGAGCUCAUACAGGUGCUGCGGCGCAAUGCAGAAGCUGCUACAGGUGGUGGCGGCCCAAUGCAGGGAUACGCUCACGGUGCCGGAUGGCCGGCAAUGAAGAAGCUCCACAGUGCGGUGGUUGGCCAAUGCGAGAGAUAUUGCCACAGGUUGCGGUGCCGCAACAGAGGAUAUAUCACUGAAAAUUCGUCGGUGAACGCUUAA